AUGACUCAAGUCCUUGCACCGCCGAAGAUGGAGCUCUCGCUUUCAGGGGCUUGCCUGGACCUCCUGGUUGCACCAGGCGACGUGCUGCUGAUGCGUGGGUCAGGGCGACUGGCCGAGAUCGGCAAUGCUGGCGGCUUCAUGGGCCAUGUGCUCGUGGUGACUGGCAAGCCCCGAGAGGUGCUGGCAUCCUCCGCCGAAGCAGGACAGCUCGCGAGCCUUUGGCCUGAGAAGGCCCAGGCGAUUUGGCGCAUACCCACAUUGGAAAGCACGCGACGGGAGCAAGGCUUGUGGGAAGCCGAAAGUGUAAUCAUGGUCGAGCGCUUGGGGCGGCAGCUGACCCUGGUAGGUGAAGUCGAACGCGAUGGCGACGUGUGCAACUUUGAGCCGCACGAGGCCGUGGAGAUCUGGCAGAGCCCAGAGGAGCUUCGCGGAGCUCUGCGUGUCGACUUGAUGGCCUUGGUUCUCUCAGACAUGCGCAAGAACCAGGCGAGUUGGAGUGCGACGACGGCAGCCAGAGCGGCUCGGAGCCCCAAAGAUUCGGAGGGGAAGGUUCCGGUCGUGAUCCUUGCCUGUGCCAUCGAUGCUGCGGACAAGGCUCUGCUGCCGGCCACCUUCGGAGCUCUCGCCGACCAGCUCCAGGUGGGCCCAACGCAGCUUGCCAUGCUCAACUUCGCUCAGAGCAUCGCCUUUUCCUUGGCUCUUCCCGUUUGGGGCUCCAUGAUGCAGUUCUACACACCACGAGACUUGCUCGCCGGUGGCUGCUUUCUUUGGGGUUUUGUCACGAUGAUGAUUGCAGCGAGCUCGAACUACAUGGUCCACUUUUUGCUGCGGCUGGUCAUGGGUGCUGCCCUGGCGGUGGUCGCACCGAUCGGUCAAGCCAUGCUUUGCGACCUGGUUCCCGAAGCCGAGCGGGGCUGGGUCUUCGGGCUCCUGCAGUCUAUCUCCACGGCUCUGAGUGUUGGAGUGACCUUCGUCACCACCGGCUUUGCCAGGGUGCUCAUCGCUGGCGUAUAUGGCUGGCGAUGCAUCUACGCGUUGGUUGGCAUCGCCUCCUUCCUCACCGUCGCCGCUGUUGUGACCGUCGUUCCAGAUACGUUGGCCGCUUCUGGGAUGAACACCAAGGGCCGAUCCUGGUGGGAAGAGCAGGUCCGAGUGGUGCAGCUGGUCAUGAAAAAGCCGUCCUUCGUAAUCAUGGUAUCCCAGGGUGUGACCGGUGGAAUUCCAUGGAAUGGUUUCGCUUUCCUUCCGCUGUAUUUUCAACUCAGCUUGGGCGGGAUGGUCGGCGGAUUGCUCGGUGGCUGGCUGGGUGACCGCUUCCAUCGCUGCUGGCCUUACGGGGGCCGCUGUGUCGUUGCGCAGCUCUCCGUCCUGCUGGGCUCUUUGCUCUUUGUAGCCGUGAUGAGCAGCCCCGCGCGCUUCAGUUUGGUGGUGGGCUUCUUCUUCGCCUUCCACGUUGCCUCCUGCUGGACGCCCGCAGCGGCUCUGAGACCCAUCUGCGGCGAGAUCGUCCGAGACAGCCGCGACAGGGCACAGAUCCUUGCGUUGUGGAUUGCCCUGGAAGGCAUCAUCUCGUCCAUUUUUGGGGCGCCUCUGGUUGGCCUCAUAUCCGAGGCGUUCGGCUGCAAACUUGGGGGUCUGGGCACAGCCGGUCACGACCAGUCGGUCACGGCGCUGCGCUCUGCCCUCUUAGCAGUGGCCCUGAUCCCGUGGGUGCUCUGCGGGCUGGCCUGGUUUCCAAUGCCACACGGAAGGAAUGAGGGGCUUUCGGCUGAUGUGACGCUAUCCACCAGAGUUCUUUUGUCUGUGAUUUCUGCAUCCACAUGUGCCUUUGUCCUCUUUUUGAACAUGCUUGCGAAAAAUGUGGGUCAUUGUUACGGAGGCUGCAGGGGUGUAGAGUCUAGAGUCUAG